AUGCCUGACCACUGCCAGCAAGACAGAACAAGUCCAAAACCUGGAGACCUCAUUGAAAUUUUUCUUGGCGCCUUUGAGCACUGGGCAGUCUAUGUGGGGAAAGGCUAUGUGGUGCAUCUGAUUUCACCAAGUGAAGUGGAAGGACCUAGCGUGAGCUUCUUCAGUUCCGUCGUGGGUAACAGAGCCAUAGUGAAGAAGGAGCUGCUGUCGGUGGUGGCUGGAGGAGACACAUACUGGGUCAAUAACAAGAAUGAUAACAAGUAUGAGCCACUGCCACCCAGUGAAAUUGUCCAGCAGGCAGAGAAAAUGGUGGGGAAAUACGUGCCCUAUUCAUUGACCAACAACAACUGUGAGCACUUUGCGAACAAGCUGCACUAUGGAGUUUCUUUCAGCAACCAG